AUGGAGACAGCAGCGGGCCCAAGUUCUGGUGCCCCCAUUGAAAAACUCCCAGACGAUGUUCUGUUAAAAGUCUUUCAACAUUUACCCAUGGUAGAUCGCUUACGAUCAAUGAGUGUUAGCAGAAAAUGGGAACGAGUUCUUUCUGAUGGUUUUUUGUGGAGACAUGUGGAUCUGCUUGAGUACCGCCUUGAUCUGAGGUCAAUGAGGAAAAUUCUCAGAGCUUAUUUGUCUGGAAGUCUGCACUCACUGAAGAUACGCGGCUUUGCUGAUCCAGGUGACGUCAACAGUGGAAGAAGACCGACACUCUCAGACGCCCUGCUGGUUUUGAUGUCUGUUCGUUGCCCAGGACUGCGAGUACUUCAUCUUUAUGAAUGUAGAACCAGCGAUUUUUCAUUUGCCUGUCUUCCUGCAUCCAUCACAUGCCUGGAAAUAGUCAAAAGCGUCUGGCGGCCUAAGUGGAUGAAAGAUAAACAGAGACGACUAUCCCGCCUGCAGCAUUUGACUCUUGACAAGUGUGUGCAUGUAGAUGACUUUGAAAUAGAAGAUGUUACAUAUUGGAGGAACUUGAAAUAUUUAUCUCUUAGAGGAUGCUUUAGGGUAGGUAUUGAUGGCAUUGUAACCAUUGCUCAGUAUUUGCUGGAGCUUGAAUGUUUAUUUCUCUGUGAAAUUGCUGUUGACGAUUUUGCAGUCGAUCACAUUGUCUGGAAUUUGAAGAAACUGAAAGAGUUAUGCAUUGCUGAAAGCCUGUCAAUCACUGACAGAGCUGUUACUACAAUUGCUUUUGGGCUUCCAGAGUUAAAAAUGCUGGACAUUUCAUAUUCAAAAUAUCACUGGCUGAUUGUUGAACGCACGGCCAGUUUGUCCCAGGAAGACAAACAGAUUUUGAAAAAUGGUUUUUCUGAAAAUUUUGUUUUGAUAGCAUAA